AAGCCAAACCAGUUCUGCACACAUGACAUUUGUUUAGAGGCUACUCCAAGCUGUCAGAGCAGGUUUGUUAAUUGCUUCAUAAAAGAACAUGGCUGCUACUGUGUUUAUGUUCCUACUGGCUGGGACAGUCAGUGUCGUCUUGGGCGUAGAUUUAAGAGUAAGCCUGUAUGAUUCGCAAACAUACCCACCUUCUGCUUAUAAGAAUAAACUUUACUACCUCUCCAGAACGACCUAUAACAACUACGAUCAAGCCAGUUACUGGUGUGCGUGGAAUGGUGGUGGCUAUCCCGCUGAAGUAGAUUCUACCCCUGAGCUUGCGUUCCUUGAACAGUACCUCGUUGUCACAGCACCAUCUACAGCAAUGGUCUACAUCUCUGGAACUGACGCUAGAAUUGACGGCAGGUGGCUCAGUCAGCGAACGGGGUCACCUUUAAUUAUUUUUGAUUGGGCACCUGGAGAGCCUAACAACUCAGGCGGGCGAGAAGACUGUCUAGAAAUGUGGCUAAAGAAUCAAGCCAGAUUCAACGAUGGCCCUUGCACUAAUGCUCCAGAAAAUCGAUAUGUUUUGUGUGAAAAAGAUCUGUUUUAGCAACGGUUGCCUUGCUUUCCAGUGCAAAGUGUUGCAGUUUAGAAAUAAAUUUAAAAUA